AUGCCAUCGCUCUUCAAAUCCAUAUCCAAGGCCAAGGCCAAGUCCAGCGACAAGCAGGACGACGCCCCUGCUCAGCCAACCAACCGACCCAACAGCAGCGUCGAUGAUGCUCCUCCAGCAUACUCUGCCGUCCAGCCUGGACAGCCUGCACCUCCAUCCGACGCUCCCGAUGUCGACAUAACCGCCGCCUUCUCGAACCUGUCCAUCUCGUCCACGCCCCAGGACCCCACUGUCGAGACAUGCCUCGCCCACCUGAAGCUGCUCUACGCCCUCCAGUCCCUCAAGGAAGAUGUGGGCUACACGGAUGGACUGUGGAGCAUCUGGGACAGCCGUGCUGACGACCCCGAUUCCGACAUUGACGCAGAACUCCCUGCCGACUCCGUCCCUCCUCCUGCUGCUGCUACUGCUGCUGUCGCCGCCGGCCACAAUGGCUCGCAGGGGGAGAACAAGAUAACGUCCGCCGACGCCAGAAAGAUCCGCCUGAGCAAGAUCAGGGAGAAAAGAUGGGCCCUCUUUAUUGCUCGUGCUGUCGACCGCUACGAGGCUUGGUGGAAUGUGUUCCCAAAGACAAUGCUGAGGGAGGCCGAUAUGAACGACAAGUCGGGGGCAAAGUACCACGAAUUUGUGGGCGAGACGGCAUACCUGCGUUGGACACAGGAGAUGCUUCCCCCGCUUGAUGUGUUGAUGGUCUGGCACGCCCACAUGCUCAACCCACGGGCCUUCCUCGAAGAUACCCUCCGAUGCGGUCUUUCCUCUCUCUGGGCCACUGGAAUGCCCUGGGCCGUCGUCUCGUCCGCCAUCGACAACGAAUUCAACUACAACGUAUCCGACGAGACGAAAGCAGCUUGGGUGGCCAGCACGGGGCGCAACUGGGAUAAUGCGGACGACGCCAUGGUCAAGCACAUCAAGUGCCCCGCCUGCCACGUACCCAUAGAGCAUCCCUGGACCACCUGCGGCACAGACGAAGCAAAUAAGACUUUUGUUUUCAGUGGCUUGGUAGGCUCCGGAUACGGUGAUGGCAAGUUCCAGCGUUCGUGUCCGUCCUGUGCCAUCCAGAUCGACAAGGAGCUGCUGUCCGUUGCCAAAUUUGCAAAGGACGUCCAGUCAUUGGUGAUCGACUCGGUUCCAAUGCCCGGUACUAUUCUCGAUCCUAUCAAGGGGAGUCCAGAGCCGGUCCCAACAGACCUUCGUGCUACCUACUUCCCUCGAACAUUUCCCAAUAGGAUGAUCCGAAAGAAGCUCAUAGCUCAGGUUGUCGACCUUAUCCAACCAGGUUCCAGCCCUCGUCCCACUAUGGAGAACGUGCGCGACCUGAUCGAGACGGUCCUUCGCAGCAGUCACGCCCUACAAGAUAUCGAAGGUCGACCCACCCACGGCCCCGGCAGGGUUGGGAGGGAAGCCAAACUUUGCGUCCGUAAGAUGAUGUCUCGCUACUGGGAGAAUUUCAGUCCUUUCGCCUUGGACCUCAGCGGCGCUGUAAUGAGGCAGGGUGUCUUCACUAGCAAGAUGUACCAGAUCGACUGGCUUCAUAGCCCUGCGUCUCGCGAGACCAUGGCCCGGCUGAUCACAAAAUACAAAAGAUUCGUGUCCCUCAUGGUGGAACACCCCACCAAGACUUGCGUGCCGACCCUGGACGUCGACCUCGCAUGGCACACCCACCAGCUUUCUCCCUCCACCUACUACCGCUACACUACGUCAGGAACGACCAAGUUCAUCGACCACGACGACAAGAUCGAUGAAGACAAGCUGUCGGACUGUUUCGCUUGGACGGUGAAGGCAUACCAGGCCAAGUACUCGGCCGUUUACAGCGAGUGCACCUGCUGGUACUGCGAGACUAUCCGGUCCGACAACAUCAACUCAGUUUCACGCGUUCUCGGCGUGGGGAGCCAGGACAAGGCCGCUGAGAGUUUCCACACCUCGGGUCAGGCCCAGUUCUGCCCGCCCGACAAGAGCGCCCACAUCUCCUCCCACAACGCCGUGCGCGCCGCCACCGACAUGUCCUCCACACGGGACAGGCUCGCAGCCUAUGCCCGCGACAGGAAGUAUCGCCAGCUCGAGCUCAACUACGAAAAAGCCCGCCGGCGCGCCGAGAAGAAAGGCCGGAAACUGCCGCCUCGUGACGAGUAUUAUGACCACUGGGGGUACUCGUACUUCAUGUACAGUCCCUUCAUCUACCCCAUGUACUUUACGCCGGGCAUGUACUAUGGCUGGGAUCCCGGCUACGUCAGCUCCGGCGGAUGUGACGGCUGGGCCAGUUGCGCUGCUGGCAGCUGUUCCGGGGGUGUUGCGGCUGGGGCCUGCGGCGGAGCUGGGGGUUGUGGUGGAGCGGGGGCUGGUGGUUCUACUGGUGGAUGUGGAGGAAUCGCAGGCGGUUGUGGGGGCGGAGGCGGCUGCGGAGGUGGUGGUGGUGGAGGAUGCGGCGGCGGCGGCGGCGGUGGUGGCUGUGGAGGUGGAGGAUGUUAA